AUGGCACCUCGCAAGAUCAUCCCCGUCGAUGCAGGCUGGCAGUUUGGCAGGACAGAUGUCGAGAAGCCUGAGUUCCGGCCAGUCUCUCAGUUUCCUACCAACGUCCAUCUUGAUCUCCUGCAUCACAAGCUCAUUCCUGACCCCUUUAUCGGAAAGAAUGAACUGGACGUGCAGUGGGUCGGAGAAGUGAGGGCAUGGCAGUACCGCACCUCAUUCAAGACGCCCAAGCUGGGCAGCCAAGAAAAGGCGGUUCUCGCAUUUGACGGCUUGGAUACCUUUGCCGAGGUGCUGCUCAACGACAAAAAGAUCCUCGAGACGGACAACAUGUUCAUACCCGAGCGUGUGGACGUCACUGCACUCCUCAACGAGGCGGACAAGGACAACCAGCUCGUCAUCACCUUUGACAGUGCGUAUCUGCGAGGAUGGGAGCGAGUAGAGCAGAUCCCCGAGCACAAAUGGGGAGUCUGGAAUGGAGACCACUCCAGACUGGCGGUUCGAAAAGCGCAGUAUCACUGGGGCUGGGACUGGGGCCCCACGCUGUUGACUUGCGGGCCCUGGAAGCCCAUCAACCUCGAGGUCUACGAAUCACGCCUGGCUGAUCUGUACGCAAAUGUCACUUUGGAUGAUACUCUGAAGAGCGCCAAGGUUGAGCUUCAUGCAGAGACGGAGGGAAAGGCGUCCAAGGUGCGGUUCGAGCUCUCGCUCGGCGAGACUGUUUUGAGUGAUACUGUGGAUGUGUCGAAAGGGGGUGCAGUGGCUACUUUGACAAUCAGCAACCCAGAGCUGUGGUAUCCGGCCAGAUAUGGAAAGCAGCCGUUGUACACGGCCAAAGCAACGCUGCUGGAUGGCAACGAAGAAGUCGAUGCUUUGUCAAAGAGGAUAGGCAUCCGAAAGGUAGAGCUUGUCCAGAAGCCCCUCGAGGACCAACCAGGAACAUCCUUCUUUUUCAAGGUGAACAAUAUUCCAAUCUUCUGCGGAGGCAGCUGCUGGAUUCCCGCCGACAACUUUACUCCCCGAAUCACCAAAGAAAAGUAUCAAAACUGGAUCAAGCUCAUGGUGGAAGGCAAUCAGUCCAUGAUACGCAUCUGGGGCGGUGGCGUCUAUGAGGAUGAGAACUUGCUGGACGCUUGCGACGAACAAGGAAUACUGGUCUGGGUUGACUUUCUCUUCGCUUGUGGCAACUACCCCUGCAACCCGGAGAUGUUGCAAUCUGUCGAAAGAGAAGCCCGAGCGAACGUCAAAAUCAUGCGCCACCACCCCAGCAUUGUCAUUUAUGCUGGAAACAACGAAGACUACCAGUUUCAGGAGAGCGAGGGGCUCACAUACGACGUGCAAGACAAAGAUCCUCAAAGCUGGCUCAAGUCGGACUUCCCCGCCCGCUACAUUUACGAGUACCUUCUCGUGCAGGUGUGUCAAGACCUCGUGCCGGCGACGUUCUACCACUAUGGAAGUCCUUGGGGUGGCAAGACAUCGUCGGAUCCCACUAUAGGAGACAUCCACCAGUGGAACGUAUGGCAUGGCUCUCAAGCAAGAUAUCAGGACUUCGACAAGCUGAUGGGAAGAUUUGUCUCCGAGUUUGGUCUGGAGGCUUUCCCAUCUGCUCGAACCAUUGAUGCUGCGCUGCCCAAAGGCAAAGACGACCCAGACCGGCACGCGCAGUCGGACAUUGUGGACUUUCACAACAAGGCCGACGGGCAUGAGCGCCGAAUUGCUCUGUAUCUCGCAGAGAACAUUCCGUAUGUUACGAGCCCUCUGGAGCAGUACAUCUACUCCACACAGUUGGUUCAGGCAGAGUGUCUGUCGUCUGCCUUCCGGCUCUGGCGCCGUCAAUGGAAAGGUCCUGGGCGAGAAUACUGCAGCGGAGCUCUGCUUUGGCAGCUGAAUGAUUGCUGGCCUGUGACAUCAUGGGCCAUCUGUGAUUACUAUCUGCGGCCGAAGCUCGCCUACUACACCGUCAAGAGGGAACUGCUUCCCAUAACGGUGGGAAUCAAGCGCACCGAGCACCGCCAUCCCAAGAGCAAGUACACGAGGGUCGAUGUUGAAGUCAGCACCAAGCUUGAGAUUUGGGCUUCCAAUUUUACACUGGACGAGGUCAAAACCAGCUGCGUCGUCAAGGCUUGGGAUGUGGAGACAGCGGAAGAAGUCUACAGUGAGACCAUCGCAGCGUCACAACAGCUGCCCGGCAACAGGACCACUGAGCUGAAGACCAUGGAGGUUCCAGUGAAGAUUCCCAAUGCUGGGCUUGAGGGCCGCACAGUUGUUGCUGCCUACUUGUACCAGGAUGGCAAGCUACUUGCUCGGUAUGUCGACUGGCCGCAGCCGCUGAAGCAUGUCCACUUUCAGCAGCCUCAGAGCUUGAAAGCGAAGCUCUCUGAAGAUGGCAGCUCAGUCACGCUCAGUUCGGAAGUGCCAGUGAAGGGAGUUGCUCUAGAGGUGGACGAUGAAGCCGUCAAUUUUGACGACAAUCUGGUUGAUCUCGUUCCCGGGGAAGAGGUUGUGAUUGGGGUAACAGGCGCUUCUAAGAGCACGACGAUGACCACGAGAUAUCUGGGAAUGCGCAGCUAG